CAGCUGUGCCAGACCAGACCCGAAGACCAAGACCAACUCAAUCCGGGGAUGUGCCGCAUGUGCGAUCUCUCAGUCAGUCUUCAUGCGUCCAACUGUGCGGUGGCAUUUCUUUUGAUUCGACUCGUUGCGUUUCGCCUCUUCACGUUUUUUUUUUUCCUGUGUGUGCAACAACAACAGCUGAUUCGAUAGUUCUAUCGAUAUAGCCAGAGAUCUAUCUGAUUGUAGCUGUGAUUAUUGUGCUGCAAGAUGCAUGUGGACGAGCUGCGCAUCAGCCUGCAGAGCUUCGGCUGGCCGGACUACGUGGUCUUCUGCCUCAUGCUGGCCAUCUGCGCCGUCAUCGGCAUCCACUUCUGCCUGCAGCUGCGCCGCGAGUCGCGCCAGCUGAAGGCCACCGGCGCCGAGGAGGCGGCCAGCAGUGCCGCCUCCUACUUGGUGGGCGGCAGGAAAAUGAAAAUCUUUCCCAUCACCAUGUCGCUUAUCUCGAGCUUUAUUUCGGGCAUCACUCUGCUGGGCACACCCACCGAGGUAUACCUGUACGGUGCCCAGUAUCUGUACAUCAUGGGCUCCCUGGUGCUCAUGGGCCUCUGCAUGUUCUACAUAUUCUUGCCAGUUUUCCAUGAGCUCAAUCUGAUAUCCACCUACAAGUACCUGGAGCAGCGCUACAAUCGCAGCCUGCGACUCUUUGGCUCGAUUAUGUUUAUCAUGGCUUCGCUCCUGUGGCUGCCCAUUGUGAUCUAUGUGCCGGCGAUAGCCUUCAACCAGGCAACCGGUGUCAACAUCCACAUCGUGACGCCCUGCGUGUGCGUCGUGUGCAUCUUCUACACCUGCAUUGGCGGACUGAAGGCCGUCGUGUGGACCGAUGUGGUGCAGACGCUGAUCAUGUUCGGGGCCAUGGCGCUGGUGCUGAUCAAGGGCACCAUGGACAUCGGGGGACCGGGCGUGGUCUGGCAGCGCGCCAAGCAAACAGCGCGCGUCGAGUCGCCCAACUUUACAUUCGAUCUCAGCGAGCGCUACACCUUCUACUCCCUGGUGCUGGGGGGCGUGGCCCACUGGCUGAAGUCGAAUGCGAUCAGUCAGAAUAUGAUUCAGCGCUAUCUGUCGCUGCCGACGCUGCGGCAUGCGCGCAUCGCCAUCUGGACGUUCAUCGGCGGAGUGCUGGCUUUUCUGGCCAUCUGCGGGUACACGGGCCUGCUCAUCUAUGCGACCUAUGCGGACUGCGAUCCGCUGGAGACGAAGCUGGCGCAGCGCAACGAUCAGCUGCUGCCGCUGCUGGUCAUGGAGACGCUCGGCACCUACCCGGGCCUGCCGGGCAUCUUUGUGGCCGGGGUUUUCAGCGCGGCGCUCUCCUCGCUCUCCACCGGCCUCAAUUCACUGUCGGCCGUCGUCCUGGAGGACUUCGUGAAGACCUUUCGGCACGAGCCGCUGACCGAGACGCAGACGGCGUUUGUCAUGCGCAGCGUCGUCGUCGUCUUCGGCGUGAUCUUUGUCGCCCUGGUGUUCAUCGUGGAGAAGCUGGGCGCUGUGCUCCAGCUGACGAUCACGCUCACCUCCGUGGCCAACGGGCCGCUGCUGGGCAUCUUCACGUCGGGCGUGCUGCUGCCCUGGGUCAACUCGAAGGGCGCCCUGCUCGGCGGCGUCAGCUCGCUCGUGGUCAUGGCCUGGAUGUGCAUUAAGGCACAGCACGAUCUGGUCACGGGCGACUUGGUCUAUCAGCGCAAGCCCUACUCCACGCUGGGCUGCAAUUACACCUUUGCGGGCGAGCGGCGUGCGUUCAGCAGCCUGCCGCUAGAUGGCGCCAUCAGCGCCGCCUCGGACGCGCCCUUCCAUCUGUAUCGAAUCUCGUACCUGUACUUCACGCUCUUCGGGGCACUGCUGACCAUCGUCGUGGCGCUCGUGACGAGCCUGCUGCUGCGCGAAACGGACCUCGACGCCCUGGACACCCGCCUGCUGACGCCGUUCGUGCGGCGCUGGCUGGAGCGGCGUCGCAGUCGGCGCACGCAGCUGCCGGCGCAGAAGCUGGCGAAACGGACCAAGCUCAAGGCGGUGCAGGAGACGGCAGCGUGAG